CUCCGCCGCAAACUUUUUCCUCCCCAUCCUGUCGCGGCGCGGAGGGAAUGGAAAAUGGCGGCCUAGGCGCGGAGUUUCCUGCCCGACCGGCGGCGGCGGCGGCUCUCGGCGGCGCCGACCCCGCGUGGCACCAUGACGCGCUGGGUGCCCACGAAGCGAGAGGAGAAAUACGGCGUGGCAUUUUAUAACUAUGAUGCCAGGGGAGCAGAUGAACUUUCUUUACAAAUAGGAGACACAGUCCACAUCUUAGAAACGUAUGAAGGGUGGUACAGAGGUUACACCUUAAGGAAAAAGUCUAAGAAGGGUAUAUUUCCUGCUUCAUAUAUUCAUCUUAAAGAAGCAAUAGUUGAAGGAAAAGGGCAACAUGAAACGGUUAUCCCCAGUGAUCUCCCGCUCAUACAGGAAGUCACCACCACCCUCCGUGAGUGGUCUACCAUUUGGAGGCAGCUCUAUGUGCAAGAUAACAGGGAGAUGUUUCGAAGUGUGCGGCACAUGAUCUAUGACCUUAUUGAGUGGCGAUCACAGAUUCUUUCUGGAACUUUGCCCCAGGAUGAGCUCAAAGAACUGAAGAAGAAGGUCACAGCCAAAAUUGAUUAUGGAAACAGAAUUCUUGAUUUGGACUUGGUGGUUAGAGAUGAAGAUGGGAACAUUUUGGAUCCAGAACUAACUAGCACAAUUAGUCUCUUCCGAGCUCAUGAAAUAGCUUCUAAACAAGUAGAGGAAAGAUUACAAGAAGAAAAAUCUCAAAAGCAGAACUUGGAUAUUAACAGACAGGCUAAAUUUGCUGCCACUCCUUCUCUGGCCUUGUUUGUCAACCUCAAAAAUGUGGUGUGUAAAAUAGGAGAAGAUGCUGAAGUCCUCAUGUCUCUUUAUGACCCUACGGAGUUCAAAUUCAUCAGUGAAAACUACCUGGUUCGCUGGUCAAGCUCAGGAUUACCUAAAGAUAUAGACAGAUUACAUAAUUUGCGAGCCGUCUUUACUGACCUUGGAAGCAAAGAUCUGAAAAGGGAGAAAAUCAGUUUUGUGUGUCAGAUUGUUCGAGUGGGUCGUAUGGAGCUAAGGGACAGCAACACAAGAAAGCUGACCUCUGGGUUGCGGCGACCUUUCGGCGUGGCUGUGAUGGAUGUAACCGAUAUAAUAAAUGGAAAAGUAGAUGAUGAAGAUAAGCAGCAUUUCAUUCCCUUUCAGCCGCUCGCAUUGGACGACGCCAUUCGACACAAGCCGCUGAACAUGUCAUCCCGUUUUUCACCCAGGGUGGCAGGGGAGAAUGACUUCCUUCAGACUGUUAUAAACAAAGUCAUCGCUGCCAAAGAAGUCAACCACAAGGGCCAGGGUUUGUGGGUAACAUUGAAAUUACUUCCUGGAGAUAUUCAUCAGAUUCGAAAAGAGUUUCCCCAUUUGGUGGAUAGGACCACAGCUGUGGCUCGCAAAACGGGGUUUCCAGAAAUAAUCAUGCCAGGUGAUGUUCGAAAUGAUAUCUAUGUCACAUUAGUUCAAGGAGAUUUUGAUAAAGGAAGCAAGACCACGGCAAAGAACGUCGAGGUGACGGUGUCUGUCUAUGAUGAGGAUGGGAAACGACUUGAGCAUGUGCUUUUCCCGGGUGCUGGUGAUGAGGCGAUUUCAGAGUACAAAUCUGUGAUUUAUUACCAAGUGAAACAGCCACGCUGGUUUGAGACCGUGAAGGUGGCCAUCCCCAUCGAGGAUGUUAACCGCAGUCACCUCCGGUUCACCUUCCGCCACAGAUCGUCGCAGGACUCUAAGGAUAAAUCUGAAAAAAUAUUUGCACUCGCAUUUGUGAAGCUAAUGAGGUACGAUGGGACGACUCUGAGAGAUGGAGAACACGAUCUGAUUGUCUACAAGGCUGAAGCCAAGAAGCUGGAAGAUGCAACCACGUACUUGAGUCUGCCUUCAACAAAAGCCGAGUUGGAAGAAAAAGGCCACUCAGCCACAGGCAAGAGCAUGCAUAGUCUUGGAAGCUGCACCAUCAGCAAAGACUCCUUCCAGAUAUCAACGCUGGUGUGCUCCACCAAACUGACCCAGAACGUGGACCUGCUGGGGCUUCUGAAGUGGCGAUCUAACACCAGCUUGUUGCAGCCAAACCUGAGGCAGCUGAUGAAAGUUGAUGGAGGAGAAGUGGUGAAGUUCCUGCAGGACACUUUGGAUGCCCUCUUCAACAUCAUGAUGGAGAAUUCGGAGAGCGACACUUUUGAUACAUUGGUGUUUGACGCUCUGGUCUUUAUCAUUGGGCUAAUUGCUGAUAGAAAAUUUCAGCAUUUUAAUCCUGUUUUGGAAACUUACAUUAAGAAACACUUUAGUGCAACAUUGGCCUACACGAAGCUGACCAAAGUACUGAGGAACUAUGUGGACAAUGCGGAGAAGCUGGGAAUAAAUGAGCAGCUGUAUAAAGCGAUGAAAGCUUUAGAGUACAUCUUCAAGUUCAUCGUGCGCUCACGGAUACUCUUCAAUCAACUGUAUGAAAACAAGGGGGAGGCUGACUUCGUGGAAUCCUUGCUGCAGCUCUUCCGGUCCAUCAAUGACAUGAUGAGCAGCAUGUCCGACAUGACAGUUCGGGUGAAGGGUGCGGCAUUGAAAUACUUGCCAACUAUCGUCAAUGAUGUGAAGUUGGUGUUUGAUCCCAAGGAGCUCAGCAAAAUGUUUACUGAAUUCAUCCUAAAUGUGCCGGUGGGUUUGCUGACCAUUCAGAAGCUCUACUGCUUGAUUGAAAUUGUUCAUAGUGACCUUUUCACACAGCAUGACUGCAGAGAGAUCUUGCUUCCCAUGAUGACCGAGCAACUCAAGUACCAUCUGGAAAGACAAGAGGACCUGGAGGCCUGCUGCCAGCUGCUCAGCAAUAUCCUGGAGGUGCUUUAUAGGAAGGACGUGGGCCCGACGCAGAGGCACGUUCAGAUCAUCAUGGAGAAGCUGCUUCGUACGGUGAACCGAACUGUCAUUUCCAUGGGGCGGGAUUCUGAACUCAUCGGCAACUUUGUGGCUUGUAUGACAGCUAUUUUACGACAGAUGGAAGAUUAUCAUUAUGCCCACUUGAUCAAGACAUUUGGAAAAAUGAGGACUGAUGUCGUGGAUUUUCUGAUGGAAACAUUCAUCAUGUUUAAGAACCUCAUUGGGAAGAAUGUCUACCCUUUCGACUGGGUGAUAAUGAACAUGAUGCAGAAUAAAGUCUUCCUGAGAGCAAUUAAUCAGUAUGCAGAUAUGCUGAACAAGAAAUUUUUGGAUCAAGCCAAUUUUGAGCUACAGCUAUGGAAUAACUACUUUCACCUGGCUGUUGCUUUCCUCACUCAAGAGUCCUUGCAACUGGAGAAUUUUUCAAGUGCUAAGAGAGCCAAAAUCCUUAACAAGUAUGGAGAUAUGAGGAGACAGAUUGGCUUUGAAAUCAGAGACAUGUGGUACAACCUUGGGCAACACAAGAUAAAGUUCAUUCCAGAAAUGGUUGGUCCGAUUUUAGAAAUGACGUUAAUUCCCGAGACAGAACUGCGCAAAGCAACAAUCCCCAUCUUCUUUGAUAUGAUGCAGUGUGAAUUCCACUCAACUCGAAGCUUCCAAAUGUUUGAAAAUGAGAUCAUCACCAAGCUGGAUCAUGAAGUGGAAGGAGGCAGAGGAGAUGAACAGUACAAAGUGUUAUUUGAUAAAAUCCUCCUGGAGCACUGCAGGAAGCAUAAAUACCUCGCCAAAACAGGAGAGACUUUUGUGAAACUCGUCGUGCGCCUGAUGGAGAGGCUCCUGGACUACAGAACCAUCAUGCAUGACGAAAAUAAAGAGAAUCGCAUGAGUUGUACCGUGAAUGUGCUGAAUUUCUACAAAGAAAUUGAAAGAGAAGAAAUGUAUAUUAGGUAUUUAUACAAGCUCUGUGACCUGCACAAAGAAUGUGAUAACUACACUGAAGCAGCUUAUACCUUGCUUCUCCAUGCAAAGCUUCUUAAGUGGUCAGAGGAUGUAUGUGCAGCCCACCUCACUCAGCGGGAUGGGUACCAGGCGACCACACAAGGACAGCUGAAGGAACAGCUCUACCAAGAAAUCAUCCACUACUUCGACAAAGGCAAGAUGUGGGAGGAGGCCAUUGCCUUGGGCAAGGAACUUGCAGAACAGUAUGAAAACGAAAUGUUUGAUUAUGAACAACUCAGUGAAUUGCUGAAAAAACAGGCUCAAUUUUAUGAAAACAUCGUCAAAGUAAUAAGACCUAAGCCUGACUAUUUUGCUGUUGGCUACUACGGACAAGGAUUCCCCACCUUCCUUCGGGGGAAAGUUUUCAUUUACCGGGGGAAGGAGUAUGAACGCCGGGAAGAUUUUGAAGCUCGGCUGUUAACUCAGUUUCCAAACGCUGAGAAAAUGAAGACAACAUCUCCACCAGGCGAUGAUAUUAAAAACUCUCCUGGCCAGUACAUUCAGUGCUUCACAGUAAAACCCAAACUUGACUUGCCCCCCAAGUUUCACCGACCAGUGUCUGAGCAAAUUGUCAGUUUUUACAGGGUAAAUGAGGUCCAGCGAUUUGAAUAUUCUCGACCAGUCCGGAAGGGGGAGAAAAACCCAGACAAUGAAUUUGCGAAUAUGUGGAUUGAGAGAACCGUAUACACAACAGCAUAUAAAUUGCCUGGAAUUCUAAGGUGGUUUGAGGUCAAGUCUGUUUUCAUGGUGGAGAUCAGUCCCCUGGAAAAUGCCAUCGAGACCAUGCAGCUGACAAAUGACAAAAUCAACAGCAUGGUGCAACAGCACCUGGAUGACCCUGGCUUGCCCAUCAACCCCCUGUCCAUGCUUCUUAAUGGCAUUGUUGACCCUGCUGUUAUGGGCGGCUUUGCAAAUUAUGAGAAGGCCUUCUUUACAGACCGGUACCUGCAGGAACAUCCUGAGGCCCAUGGACAGAUUGAGAAGCUCAAGGACCUGAUUGCAUGGCAGAUCCCAUUUUUGGCUGAAGGGAUCAGGAUUCAUGGAGACAAAGUCACAGAGGCACUGAGGCCAUUUCAUGAGCGAAUGGAAGCCUGCUUCAAGCAACUAAAGGAGAAAGUGGAAAAGCAAUAUGGUGUCCGGACCAUGCCCUCAAGUCUGGAUGACAGAAGAGGCAGCCGCCCUCGAUCUAUGGUGCGGUCUUUCACCAUGCCUUCGUCAUCCCGGCCUCUGUCCGUGGCUUCAGUUUCUUCCCUGUCCUCCGACAGCACCCCUUCCAGGCCAGGCUCUGAUGGGUUUGCUCUAGAGCCUCUGCUGCCAAAGAAAAUGCAUUCCAGGUCCCAGGACAAGCUGGACAAGGACGAUCCAGAUAAGGAGAAGAAGGACAAAAAGAAGGAAAAAAGGAACAGCAAACAUCAGGAGAUAUUUGAUAAAGAAUUUAAGCCAGCUGACGUCUCCCUGCAGCAGUCGGAGGCCGUGAUUCUGUCAGAAACAAUAAGUCCUUUGAGGCCGCAGAGACCAAAGAGCCAGGUGAUCAAUGUCAUUGGAAGUGAAAGACGCUUCUCUGUGUCCCCAGCAUCACCAUCCUCCCAGCAGACGCCUCCUCCAGUCACACCCAGAGCCAAACUCAGCUUCAGUGUUCAGUCAAGUUUGGAGCUGAAUGGCAUGACAGGGAUGGAUGUGGCCGACGUCCCGCCCCCACUGCCUCUCAAGGGCAGCAUGGCAGACUAUGGGAAUCUGAUGGAAAACCAGGACCUGAUCGGCUCACCAACACCCCCUCCGCCUCCUCCACACCAGAGGCAACUGCCGCCUCCACUGCCCAGCAAAACUCCACCUCCUCCCCCUCCAAAGACAACCCGAAAGCAGACCUCUGUGGACUCCGGGAUUGUCCAGUGAAAGCAGCGAGAGUCUCGAAAGAGCAACCUGUCGUCUUUCCACCCCUCCUCGAAUUCUUCCAUGUCUGAUGUUUACCUCAUUGGGCCUGCAAAGUCUGACCUUUAAUUCAAUGGCUUUUCCCUAAGAGGAGCUGUUUCUAGCCCAUCACACUGUGGGGCAUGGAGGGUAUGGGACCAGGACAUUUACCAUUGUGUUUUUCAGAGUUGGGGGUUUCCAAGUGCGUCAUUCUCCGAGACAGCCGCAGUCUUGCCCAAACAUCGUUCCUUGUAUGUGCCAAAUGACUCAUAUUAGCAAGCAGUUCAGCCGAUCUGAGGUUAGCUAAGCACGAAAAGCAAGACCAUCCCUGAUGAGAAGCUGCAUAGUAGGCUGUAUUAGAAUCCUUGUGUUCCCUCGGCAGCCCGAGUUCACUCUCCUGGGAUGUUUGAUUAGACUCCUUUCUGCAUCUGUGGUGAUUUUAUGUUGGUUGAGCAUGUCUUCAACCUGUAUCCGGCAACUAAGUUCAACCCUUCAGGGAAGAUCCUGAUUUUUCUCUUGGUAUAAUUUAAAAUAGGAUAUUUCUCAGCUACUGAACAGUUACUAAUUUAUGGAGUAGAAAUACCAUUAUGAAUACUGGAUCAAAUGGAAAAAUAAAUAUGAGUAUAGCAAAAUAAACUUUCAUUCUUUUUUGCAAAAGAGUAUGUAUACCACAAACGAUGGUUUUAAUUGGAUGAUUUCUCUGUGUCCUCAUUGUGUACAGAAGUUUGUAUAUAUGAUGGUUCUUAGAACUUGUUUAAUUUUUGUGGUCUGUGUGUCUAUUGUAAUAGGCAUCUGCAAAUGAUUCUCAGUAAGUGUUCUUAAUUUUUAACUGCUGGAAAUGUAAAAACAGCAACCACAAAAAGGCACCACAAAUUAAAUUGGCUUUUCAGAACUCCAAACUCCUGAAAAUGUUGGUGGAUAAUAAUGUUUUAAAACUAACUUUGUAUAACCUAAUAUUUUUAUUCUGUCAUCUAUAUUUUUUUAUUCACUAUGACCAUGAUACUGUUCUAGUAGACUUGAAAGUUAAUCAUUGACAAUGAAAAAUAAAAUGCUACUUUAAAAGAA